AUGCUUAAAUUAGCUUCAAGAAAUUUAUUUAAAGCAUCUACUUCAUCAAUUGCAAAACCAACCACAAUUGCAUCUAUUGGUUCAAUUAGAACAAAAUAUUCAUUACCAGAAUUAGAUUUUGAAUUAGAUGCAUUAGAACCAUAUAUUAGUGGACAAAUUAAUGAAUUACAUUAUAAUAAACAUCAUAAAACAUAUGUUGAAAAUUUAAAUAAAUCAAUUGAAACUGCUGUAGAAGCUAAAUCCAAGGGAGAAAUUAAAAAAUUAAUUGCAUUACAAAAAGCUAUUAAUUUUAAUGGUGGAGGUUAUGUAAAUCAUUGUUUAUGGUGGAAAAAUUUAGCACCUCAAUCAAAUGGUGGUGGUCAAUUACCUUCUGAAGAUUCAUCAUUAGGUAAACAAAUUAUAAAACAAUAUGGAUCAUUUGAAAAAUUAAUUGAUUUAAUUAAUUCAAAAUUAGCAGGAAUUCAAGGUUCUGGUUGGGCUUUUUUAGUUAAAAAUAAAGAAAAUGGUGGUGAUUUAGAAAUUAUUACUACUGCUAAUCAAGAUACUAUAACUGAUCCAAAUUUAAUUCCUUUAAUUGCUAUUGAUGCUUGGGAACAUGCUUAUUAUUUACAAUAUCAAAAUGUUAAAGCUGAUUAUUUUAAAGCUCUUUGGAAUGUUAUUAAUUGGAAAGAAGCUGAAAGAAGAUUUGAAUUUUAA